AUGCCAGAUAUAGAUCAGGUCCCUUGGAUGGUUCUGGUUAGCAGGACACUCCUGGUCAGCCUCUUUGUGUGUGUACCGCUCUCAAUGGCAGUAGAGUCAGAAGAGGAUGCACCAUCAGAAUGGGAGCUGUGGAAGCAAGCUAAUGGAGUGGAAUACGAAGAAGAGAUCAAUGAUAUUAAAAGAAGAGCCAUUUGGGAGAAAAACAAGAACCUGAUUGAGGAUAACAAUAGAAAAUUUUAUAUGGGGAUGUCAGAGUUUACAAUGGCAAUGAACAAAUACGGAGACUUGACUUGGUCAGAGUAUCGUCGGUUACUGGGAGCCAAGGUAAAUGGAAAUGCACACAAGAAGGGAAAGACUGCUAAUGCACGUAAGCUACGCUACCAUGCUAGGAGACUACGGCUGACCACAGUAGACUACAGACAGAUGGGAUACGUCACAGAGGUUAAAGACCAGGGUUACUGUGGGUCAUGUUGGGCUUUCAGCACUACAGGUGCCAUCGAGGGACAAAUGUUCAAGAAAACAGGUCAGCUAGUAUCUCUUAGUGAGCAAAAUCUGGUGGACUGCUCAUGGUCCUACGGCACAUAUGGCUGCAGUGGAGCCUGGAUGGCCAAUGCUUAUGAUUAUGUGAUUAACAAUGGGCUGCAAGCCUCUGCUACAUACCCUUAUACCUCAGUGGACACACAGCCCUGCUUCUAUGACAGCAGUAAAGUUGUGGCACAAAUCAGUGACUACAGGUUCAUUCCCACUGGAGAUGAACAGGCUUUGGCUGAUGCUUUGGCAACUAUAGGUCCGAUCACUGUAGCGGUUGAUGCUGACCACACAAGCUUUUUGUUCUAUAGCUCAGGGAUCUAUGAUGAGCCGAGAUGUAAUCCGAACAACUUGAGCCAUGCGGUAGUUUUGGUUGGCUAUGGCUCAGAGGGUGGCAGGGACUACUGGAUCAUCAAGAACAGCUGGGGCACAGGUUGGGGAGAAGGAGGCUACAUGCGCAUGAUCCGAAACGGCAGCAACACCUGCGGCAUCGCUAGCUAUGCUCUCUACCCCAUUGUAUAA